UCUCAGCGCAGCGGUAACAGCCACCCACCUAUCCAGUUACCUACCCACCUACAUACCCAGCUACAUACCUACCCAGCCGGCCGGCAUGCAGUCCCAGAGAUCCUGGUUCGAUCGGGUGAGGGUGCCGGACGCCCCCGCUAGCGGAAUGCACAGAGCCAUGCUGGUUAAGUCCGCUUCUAUGUACUCGGAGCUACAGAGGGAGCCGCCGGAUAUCGGGAGCCUCCUGACCCAUCCGGAUUAUCUUGAUGGGAACCCCGAGCUCAUCAAGCCCAAGAAGCUCCAGAACCCGGUGAAAGCCUCCAGGAGCCACCAGGAGCUGCACCGAGAGCUGCUCAUGAACCACAAAAGAGGUGUCGGGAUUGACAAGAAGCCGGAGCUGCAGAGAGUCCUGGAACACCGGCGCCGAGACAAAAUCAUCCAACAGAAGAAAGAAGAGGAAGCGAUAAAGAAGCUUCAGUCUCCAUUCGAACAGGAGCUGCUAAAGAGACAGCAGAGGCUUGAGCAGCUUGAGAAAGACCAAGAGCCGGCGAAGGACGAGGAGCGAGCGCCAGAAUUCGUUAAAGUAAAGGAGAAGUUAAGACGAACGGCGAUGUUGCCCAGCGAGGAGAGAGUGGCGUAACAGCCGCCGGGACUCUAUGAAUAGUUCUAUGUAUCGAGCAGGCUUCGCUGCGUAACACCCCGGCUACCUGCACUUGGUUAACCGUCGCCGAUCCGUCUUUCAGUGUGCCCCACACCACUCGCAGAUACAGGGUUUGUGUCGAGAAAUGUCGCUUUUUCCGUGUAUCUACCCGCCGCCGCCACAGCAACAGCAUUAGCUCCUGAUACUUACACUCAGAGGCGACUAACAGCUCACAAAAUGGCCGGCUCAGUGAGUAGCGGUUUGUGGGUGAGCGUGGGAAUUCGCUUUCCAAGAUGGCAGUGUGUAUAUUCCCCCGCAGUGUGUCUCCUGUUACGUGGCGUCUCUGUGCCGAGCCCGGCUGGCUUUUACUGCAGGACUUACAGGAAGGGGGGGGUGGCGCUGCCAGAGAAGGGGCAGCCAUGUUGGUGGGCAAGCCGCGCACGAUCGGUUGUGGGAACUGACCGGGUUUGUUAUAACAUUGCAACAAGUCAUAAUUGUGUCAAAUGGGGUCACAUAGGGCAUGAAUGGCGUCAGUAUUACUGCCCCCCCCCCCCCCCGCGGGGCGGCCCCCGAGUCACUGAGGCAUUUUGCUCUGUAGGAAAUGACCCUCUAUGAUAUCACUGAGGUUUCUGGAUCCCCGGGUUGGGGGUCAGUACCUUCUCCUGUAGGUGAUUGUGUCGCCCUGACGCCUGUGGGAAGGGAAAGGGGCGCCGUUAUCCAAAGGGCGUUAGAAACACAAUCUAAUAUUUACUGAGAACAAACAAUUUAUGUUAUUUAACCAAAACUGCCAUUUUUCCUGUUUGCCUAAGGGAAUAUAUUUCCUUCUGUCCCAGUUGGAUUCCAGUCUGUGUAGCAGGAACGUGGGCACCGGCACUGGGUCUUGUCUGCGCUGCUAAUGAUUGCAGUCCCUGCCCCAGUGAGCUUACAAUCUAAGGUCCCUAUCACAUUCCCAUCAGCCCCUGCCCCAGUGAGCUUACAAUCUAAUGUCCCUAUCCCAUUCCCAUCAGUCCCUGCCCCAGUGAGCUUACAAUCUAAGGUCCCUAUCACAUUCCCAUCAGUCCCUGCCCCAGUGAGCUUACAAUCUAAGGUCCCUAUCCCAUUCCCAUCAGUCCCUGCCCCAGUGAGCUUACAAUCUAAGGUCCCUAUCACAUUCCUAUCAGUCCCUGCCCCAGUGAGCUUACAAUCUAAGGUCCCUAUCACAUUCCCAUCAGCCCCUGCCCCAGUGAGCUUACAAUCUAAGGUCCCUAUCACAUACCCAUCAGCCCCUGCCCCAGUGAGCUUACAAUCUAAUGUCCCUAUCCCAUUCCCAUCAGUCCCUGCCCCAGUGAGCUUACAAUCUAAGGUCCCUAUCCCAUUCCCAUCAGUCCCUGCCCCAGUGAGCUUACAAUCUAAGGUCCCUAUCCCAUUCCCAUCAGCCCCUGCCCCAGUGAGCUUACAAUCUAAGGUCCCUAUCACAUUCCCAUCAGCCCCUGCCCCAGUGAGCUUACAAUCUAAGGUCCCUAUCACAUUCCCAUCAGUCCCUGCCCCAGUGAGCUUACAAUCUAAGGGCCCUAUUUUAUUCACACACACUAAAAAGAUCACUGGGGUUCAUUUAUAAGCACUGGGCAAAUUUGCCCAGGGGCAAUAACCCAUGGCAACCAAUCAAAAUGUUGCAUUGCUUGUUUUACCUGCAGUUGGUUUAAAAAAAAGCCAAUCACUGCUUGGUUGCUAUGGGUUACUGCCAGUGGGCAGAUUUGCCCAGUGUUGAUAAAUGAGCACUUUUCAUUAUAUAAGGCUGAGCUAAAGUCACAUGACUGGGAGAGAGUGGAUUGGGCCCAGGAAAUAUAAAAAGCUGAAAAAUGGCUCUAAUUACAUUCUAUGAAGUAUUUUCUCCACUAAACCAGGAAUUGUGUUUUCAGGCAAAAAAGAAAAGCUUUUGUUUAUUUUGAUGACAUUUUCCUUUUGAUUUACUUUCCCUUAAAGGGCUAGUGCUACUGAGACCCAACUGAAUGUAAUAGGGGAGUGAAGAAUAAUUCUGACCAAUCACUUUAACCUUCAGCUCAUAUCAGAGGCACAUAUGGAAUCUCUGCAGAGUGCUCAGCUGCACAAAGGGUUAAAUUGGGUGUGGGUGUGGUUGGGCGAGGGCGGGGCUACUCGGGGAGGGGGAGGGGAAUCAUGUCUCAGGCACAGACUAUGGCCAAUAUUUGGAUAAAGCCUUAACACUGAUUGGAUUGUACUAACUAACACACUAGGUUGGUUCCGCUGCUUCAGCCUGUAAAUAUGACAGAUAUUUAUUUAGUUAUGGUUCGUAUACGUCUAUUUUUCUAUGUAGUUCUGUGGUCAAUAUUACCAAUAAAUAGCGAGUACGACUUGCCUACA